AUGUCGAAAUUUUUCAAAGGAGCCGUAUCGAGUUCCGACUCGUCAGGCAGUGAAAGCAGUGAUGAAGAACAAAUUAUUCCGACUAAACGCCCUCAAGUGGGCUUCAUGUACCCAUCAGACAGCGAAGAGGAAGGGCAAAAACGUGUUGUUAAAGCACAUAAGGAUCGAAAAUUUGAGGAACUCAAAGACCUCAUUAAACAAGCAAAAAAUUCCAAAAAUAUCAAGGAUAUGUCUAAAUUACUCUCCACGUUCGAAGAGUUGUGCAAAGUGUUCGAGAAGACAAAGGCAGUUUUGGCUCGACAGAGCAUGUCAACGCCACGUUUCUAUAUUCGUAUUCUUGUUGAAAUCGAGGAUUUUGUUAAUGAGCAGUGGGAAGACAAAGAGGCACGCAAAACUAUGUCGAAAGCAAACUCGAAAGGUCUCACUACUUUACGACAGAAAAUCCGAAAGUAUAACAAGGAUAUGGAGGCAGAGGUGUCGUCUUAUCGGGAAGAACCCGAUCCAAUUGGUUACUCAAGUGCUGAUGGUGAGGCUGAUGAGGACGAACCGGAGGAACGAGAGAAAGAGGAAUUAAUUACGAAGAAGAGUAAAUCGAAGAAAGUUCGAGAUAUGGACUUGAGUUCUGAUGAAUGGGGCUCUGAUUCAGAAUCUUCUUCUGAAUCUGAUUCAGAUCUUGACUUUGAAGGAAAACAAAUGGAAGACCUUCGUAAAUUUUUCCUGAAGAAAGAAUACAAAGAAGGCGUUGAAACUGAAGGUAAGGAGAAGAGGCAAGCUGAAAGGGCGCAGAGACAGAAAGAACGAGAAGCAAAAGAGAGGCUAGUCGAAGAUGUGGAUGAACAAGAAUGGGUGUCUGUACCAACGAAAGAGGAAAAAAUGAAACAGCUUUUUGAUGCUAAAACAGAAAUCACUCAUGAGGUAGUUAUCAAUAAAUUGCAAGAGAUUAUCGCAACUCGAGGUCGUAAAUCCACGAAUCGUAAGCAUCACGUUCGUAGUUUACAAGAGUUGUUCCGAAUAGCUGAUGAACACAAACUUGGUGCAGGAAUCCUGGUGAAGAUUUUAUUUUCAAUAAUAUCGGCGUUAUUUGAGUUGAAUGCACGUAUCAGUGAUUGCAUGGAUUAUGGUUGUUGGUCCAAGACAUUAGGUGCAAUCAACAGUCUGUUGGAUCUGUUAAAUGACAGUCCGAAUGUGAAGUUAUCUGUGAGUAUCAAUGAAGAUGAUGAGAAUUUAACGAACGCAGAUGAAUCGUACAAAGUACAUGGAUCAGUACUAAUGUCUGUUCAACGACUUGAUACUGAGCUUACGAAAAUUCUUCAAAAUGCAGAUUGUCAUAGCACAGAUUAUAUUGACAAAUUGAAAGGCGAGAAAGAUCUUUGCACAUUGAUUGAUAAGGCGAUGGUCUACGUGAAUGAACGAUUGGAAGAGGGUAUUUUCAUUGAUGAUGAAAUUUGCAAAUUAUAUAUGCUAAGAAUUGAGCAUCUUUAUUACAAGUACGAAUCGGAAGACAUGGUUGAGCCGGGUGAGGAGCCGAGUUCAGUUGCGAUGGAUCGUUUGUGUAAAGAGGUAUAUUGCCGUGACGAAACUAAACGGCUCCGUCAACGAGCAAUGCUCUGUCAGAUUUACCAUUUGGCUCUGCAUGAUAAUUGGCAUAAAGCUAGAGACCUGAUGCUUAUGUCACAUCUGCAAUCCAUCGUCGAUCAUUCUGAUGUCAGCACGCAGAUUCUGUACAAUCGCACCAUUUGUCAACUUGGUCUUUGUGCGUUCCGUCAUGGUUAUAUCAAAGAGGCUCAUCAGGGGCUGUCGGAAAUUCAGAACACACAGCGUGCCAAAGAGUUGCUCGCCCAGGGUCUAGCAUUGCGUCAACAAGAAAAAACUGUCGAACAAGAAAAGAUGGAACGUGCUCGUCAAAUUCCCUAUCAUAUGCACAUAAACGUUGAACUGAUGGAAUGUGUUUAUUUGAUCUGCUCAAUGUUACUCGAAAUCCCACACAUGGCAUCGCAAGAAUAUGAGUUGCGCCGUCGACUACUCUCACGUUCGUUCCAUUAUCAACUGAAACAGGUUGCCGAAAUUUUGUAUUCAGAUAUUAUUUCUUUAUCAGAAAAAAGUUCUUUGAUUGGUCCUCCAGAAAAUACACGCGAACAUGUUGUGGCUGCAUCGCGAGCGAUGUUGAAUGGAGAUUGGAAGAAAUGUCGUGAUUAUAUUGUUAAUGAUAAGAUGAAUGCAAAGGUAUGGAAUCUGUUCCGUAAUGCGGAUAAAGUAAAGGAAAUGGUUGUGGGUAGAAUCCAAGAAGAAUCGUUACGUACUUAUCUGUUGAUGUAUUCGACGGUUUAUACGACCGUAUCAUUGAACGUUCUUGCGGAAUUGUUCGACCUGAGUACACGUAAAGUUCAUUCAGUAAUCAGCCGAAUGAUCAUCUCAGAGGAAUUAACCGCCAGCUUGGAUGAGCCUACGAACUGUCUUAUCAUGCACAGAAUAGAACCAAGUCGUUUGCAAUUGCUGGCGCUUCAUCUCACUGAUAAGCUCAGCCAACUAGCUGAUAACAAUGAACAGAUAUUGGAGCCACGUGCCGGCCGUAGCUAUACAGGUCCAGGUGCGUGGUAUGGACCCAGGCAAGAGCGGGUCAAUGUGGAACAGCAACCGCGAAGUAAUCGUGGUGUUUUUCAGGUGAUCAUUUCAAUUCAUUCGUCGUUUUUUCGUUGGAUUGAUUUUUAUUUAUUGUUUUAG